CCGCCGGCCGGUCCCCGCACCAGCGCGGCGCCAUCCCCCGCGGUCCCCGCAGCUCGCCGGCCGCUUCGCCGGGCUCCGGCACCUGCAUCCGGGCGCAGCGCGCAGGCCGAGGCGCGGGCAGGCCGCCCCCGCCGCUCCGGGCGCGGAUAGACGAUGAGCAGCCACGGGAACAGCCUGUUCCUGCGGGAGAGUGGCCAGCGGCUGGGCCGGGUGGGCUGGCUGCAGCGGCUGCAGGAGAGUCUGCAGCAGAGAGCGCUGCGCACGCGCCUGCGCCUGCAGACCAUGACUCGGGAGCACGUGCUACGCUUCCUGCGCCGGAACGCCUUCAUCCUGCUGACCAUCAGUGCUGUGGUCAUUGGGGUCAGUCUGGCCUUUGCCCUGCGACCGUACCAGCUUACCUACCGCCAGAUCAAGUACUUCUCUUUUCCUGGAGAACUUCUCAUGAGGAUGCUGCAGAUGCUGGUGUUGCCACUCAUUGUCUCCAGCCUGGUCACAGGUAUGGCAUCCCUGGAUAACAAGGCAACAGGGCGGAUGGGGAUGCGGGCAGCUGUGUACUACAUGGUGACCACGGUCAUUGCUGUCUUCAUUGGCAUCCUCAUGGUCACCAUCAUCCAUCCUGGGAAGGGCUCCAAGGAGGGGCUGCACCGCGAGGGCCGUAUUGAGACCAUACCCACAGCCGAUGCCUUCAUGGACCUGGUCAGAAAUAUGUUUCCGCCCAACCUGGUGGAGGCCUGCUUCAAACAGUUCAAGACGCAGUAUAGCACGAGGUUGGUAACCAGGACCAUAGUGAGAACAGAGAAUGGAUCUGAGCCGGGCACUUCCAUGCCUCCUCCAUCCUCAAUGGACAAUGGAACCAGCUUCCUGGAAAAUGUCACCUGGGCCUUGGGCACCCUGCAGGAGGUGCUGAGCUUCGAGGAGACUGUGCCUGUGCCUGGCUCAGCCAAUGGCAUCAAUGCCCUGGGCCUUGUUGUCUUCUCUGUGGCCUUUGGACUGGUCAUUGGUGGCAUGAAACACAAGGGCCGAGUCCUGCGGGAUUUCUUUGAUAGCCUCAAUGAGGCUAUUAUGAGGAUGGUGGGCAUCAUUAUCUGGUAUGCACCUGUGGGCAUCCUGUUCCUGAUCGCUGGGAAGAUCCUAGAGAUGGAGGAUAUGGCUGUCCUGGGGGGUCAGCUGGGCAUGUACACCCUGACUGUCAUUGUGGGCUUGUUCCUCCAUGCCGGUGGUGUCCUGCCCCUCAUCUACUUCCUCAUCACCCACCGGAACCCUUUCCCCUUCAUCGGGGGUGUACUGCAGGCCCUCAUCACUGCCAUGGGCACGUCUUCCAGCUCUGCAACACUGCCCAUCACCUUCCGCUGCCUGGAGGAGGGCCUGGGUGUGGACCGACGCAUCACCAGGUUCGUGCUGCCUGUGGGGGCCACUGUCAAUAUGGACGGGACUGCCUUGUAUGAGGCCCUGGCCGCCAUCUUCAUUGCCCAAGUCAACAACUAUGAACUCAACCUGGGCCAGAUCACGACCAUCAGUAUCACAGCGACAGCAGCCAGCGUUGGGGCUGCUGGCAUCCCCCAGGCAGGUCUGGUCACCAUGGUCAUUGUGCUCACAUCGGUCGGCCUGCCCACUGAAGACAUCACACUGAUCAUAGCUGUGGACUGGUUCCUUGACCGACUUCGUACAAUGACCAAUGUCCUGGGGGACUCUAUUGGAGCAGCCGUCAUUGAGCAUUUGUCUCAGCGAGAGCUGGAGCUGCAGGAGGCCGAGCUCACCCUCCCCAGCCUGGGGAAACCCUACAAGUCACUCAUGGCACAAGAGAAGGGGGCGUCCAGGGGACGGGGAGGCAAUGAGAGCGCCAUGUGAGGGGCCCCCAGCUCUGCUGCCCAGAGAGGAGGGAAUGGGGCUGGGGGGAGGGGGAGGUCCUAGGGAAGACUCACUGCCUGAAUGACUGUGAAUGACUGUGCACUGAACACACAUAUUCUGUCUGGCUUGUUUGGUGGAAACUGAGAUAAAGGAGCAGGAAUGAAAGGAUGUCCAAAGCCUCCGUUUCUCUGUGAAUGCAUGGGGAGAACUUGUGGAGGGCAGUGAGUCAGGUGGGAUGGGAAGGAAAUGCUUCCCCUGGGACUGGGGGUAUGGGCAGCUUUGAGUCCAGCAAGCUGAGGAGUCGGUUCAUGUUCUUGAUUUUCUCAAAGAGUGGUGGAAUUGAAGGAGGUAAAGGAAAACCAUCAU